UGGAGUGGCCUCAUUUAUGCUGACAUAUUCUUCAUGUCUCAACCAAGUUUCACAGCAGACCAGCUCCUCCAUCCAUCACCAACUAUGGCCAGCAAACGUGCCCAAAAUGUAUUUUUGUUCAUCAUGGUGUCUACAGUAAAAAAUUACCAGCUCCUCCAUCCAUCACCAACUAUGGCCAGCAAACGUGCCCAAAAUGUAAAAAAUGACCAGCUCCUCCAUCCAUCACCAACUAUGGCCAGCAAACGUGCCCAAAAUGUAUUUUUGUUCAUCAUGGUGUCUACAGUAAAAAAUGACCAGCUCCUCCAUCCAUCACCAACUAUGGCCAGCAAACGUGCCCAAAAUGUAAAAAAUUACCAGCUCCUCCAUCCAUCACCAACUAUGGCCAGCAAACGUGCCCAAAAUGUAUUUUUGUUCAUCAUGGUGUCUACAGUAAAAAAUUACCAGCUCCUCCAUCCAUUACCAACUAUGGCCAGCAAACGUGCCCAAAAUGUAAAAAAUGACCAGCUCCUCCAUGCAUCACCAACUAUGGCCAGCAAACGUGCCCAAAAUGUAUUUUUGUUCAUCAUGGUGUCUACAGUAAAAAAUGACCAGCUCCUCCAUCCAUCACCAACUAUGGCCAGCAAACGUGCCCAAAAUGUAAAAAAAGACCAGCUCCUCCAUCCAUCACCAACUAUGGCCAGCAAACGUGCCCAAAAUGUAAAAAAUGACCAGCUCCUCCAUCCAUUACCAACUAUGGCCAGCAAACGUGCCCAAAAUGUAAAAAAUGACCAGCUCCUCCCUCCAUCACCAACUAUGGCCAGCAAACGUGCCCAAAAUGUAAAAAAUUACCAGCUCCUCCAUCCAUCACCAACUAUGGCCAGCAAACGUGCCCAAAAUGUAAAAAAUGACCAGCUCCUCCAUCCAUCACCAACUAUGGCCAGCAAACGUGCCCAAAAUGUAAAAAAAGACCAGCUCCUCCAUCCAUCACCAACUAUGGCCAGCAAACGUGCCCAAAAUGUAAAAAAUGACCAGCUCCUCCAUCCAUUACCAACUAUGGCCAGCAAACGUGCCCAAAAUGUAAAAAAUGACCAGCUCCUCCCUCCAUCACCAACUAUGGCCAGCAAACGUGCCCAAAAUGUAAAAAAUUACCAGCUCCUCCAUCCAUCACCAACUAUGGCCAGCAAACGUGCCCAAAAUGUAAAAAAUUACCAGCUCCUCCAUCCAUCACCAACUAUGGCCAGCAAACGUGCCCAAAAUGUAAAAAAUUACCAGCUCCUCCAUCCAUCACCAACUAUGGCCAGCAAACGUGCCCAAAAUGGAAUAAAUGACCAGCUCCUCCCUCCAUCACCAACUAUGGCCAGCAAACGUGCCCAAAAUGGAAUAAAUGACCAGCUCCUCCCUCCAUCACCAACUAUGGCCAUCAAACGUGCCCGAUAUGACCCUCCAUCAAACACAUACAAUAACGAGUUAUUCCGGAUUGUGAUGGUGGGGAAGACCGGAGUUGGGAAGAGCGCCACAGGAAACAACAUUCUGGGAAAAGAGUUCUUUCCAUCAAAGUUCUCUGCUAAAUCCAUGACUGUAGACUGUUCUAAUGCCUUUGGUGAAGUUGAUGGACAAAAAGUUAAGGUUAUUGACACUCCUGGUCUGUUUGACACUAGCAUUGAUGAAGAGAAGACCAGAAAAGAUGUUGGUAAGAGUGUUGCUUUUGCUUCUCCUGGACCUCAUAUCUUCCUGGUCGUCAUCAAACUGUGCAGAUUCACAGAUGAAGAAAAGCAGACAGUGCAGAAGAUUCAGGAAAUCUUUGGAGAGGAAGCGAACAAAUACAGCAUGGUUCUCUUUACCCACGGUGACCUGCUCGAAGACAAAACUAUUGAAGAGUUCUUGAAGGAAAGCGAAGCCCUGCAGGAACUUGUGGACAGAUGUAACGGCCAGUGCCACGUCUUCAAUAAUAAGGUGGAGGAUCGUUCUCAGGUCAAAGAGCUGCUCAACAAGAUCAGAAAGAUAACAGAGAAGAACGGAGGAAGCCAUUACACCAAUGAAAUGUUCCAGGAGGCAGAGAGGGAGCUAGAAGAGGAAAAACAGAGAAUCCUUGAAGAGAGAGAAGAGGAAAUACGCAAACAGGAAGAGGAAAUUCAAAAGAGAUUAGAUAAAAAGAAUGAGGAACAAUUACAAAAAAUCAAAGAGGAUAGGGAGAGGUCAGAAAGGCAGAUAGAAGCUUGUGAAAGAGAAAUGGAGAAGGAGAUGAGGAAAAAAAGAGAAAAGCAUCAAAAGCAAAAAGCAGCUAGCAAAAAAGAAAUGGAGGAGGGGAUGAGGAGAUUAAGAGAAGAGGAGGAAAGGCUGAGAGAAGCUAGCAAAAGAUCAACAGAGGAGGAGAGGAGGAGAAUACAAGAAGAGGGGGAAAGGCUGAGAGAAGCUCACAAAAGAGAAAUGGAGGAGGAAAAGAGGAGAUUAAGAGAAGAGGAGGACAGGAGGGCCAGGAAGGAUGCUGAGGAGAACGCUUCAUGGAUUGACGACUUUUUUUCCGCUGCGAAAAUAGGUGUGAACGCUGUGGAACAAGGUGUGAACGCUAUGGGAAAAGGUGUGAGGUCUUGGUUUUUUGGGCGUUGAUGAUACAGUCUGACCCGCUGGAAUACCCCCUUGUUAAUCUUCACAGCCCCCUUUUAGAUUUUGUUGUUUGAUGUGAUUUAUAGUAAUAUCAGUUAUUUCAGUGGUGAGUAAGGUUUUCUUUGGCUUUCCUGUAACUGGCGUAAUGUUGGCUUUUGUAAAAUGAAAGGUUAAAAUCUAUAUAUGCAAUGAAUUUUGUAAUUCAAUAUGAAAAUGUUGGAACAGAAAUGAUUGUGUAAAGACAAACAUAGUGAUCAAUAAUGUGCCAUAAUAAAAGACUGUUGACUUCACAUUGAGUGUGUUAUGUGCUUCUGUUGUUUAAUAAAGGACAUAAAAGACA